AAGAAAACCAUCUUUCAUGGGACACUUAUCAGCAUUACUAAGAAAAAACUGGAUAUUAUGGAAAAGAAACUGUUUUUGUUCAACUUGUGAAUUGAUUUUACCAUUGUUGUUAAUUCUGGCAUUAGGAGGAAUAAGGUAAUUCUUAACUUUAUGGAAGGUCGGCAGUUGAAAAAGAAGAUGUAGCAGAGGCUAACUUUUAUGAUCCUAACAAUUUAAAAGAUUGGAGAGGUUCUCCUUUUCUUGUUAAACUCUAACCUUACAUUGAUGAAUAAUAGAUCGAAUAAAAUCUUAUUCAAUAUUAACUUAGAGACCCUGAACUUGAUUUAUCAGAUAAUUUGAAGAAAUUGAAUACUACCACUAGACUACGACUACUACCUCCAAUGAAGUAAUUUAUUAAUGUUAUGUUAGGAACUGUAUUGAUAAUUAUAGAUAGGAUUAGAAAAGGAUGUGGAGAAAUGGUGAUAUAGCAAUGGGUCCAAGUGCUGAUCACCCGAUAGUAAAAGAACUUUCUGAGAUUUUCACAAGUAAAACUUAAAUUAAUAUUUAUUAGAGUAUUAUCAUUACAAUGUAGUCAUUUUUAAAAAUAAUGAAGAGCUGGAUGAUUAUACAUCUUCAUCAAAAUAUGGAGAUCCUGAUUAUCCUAGAGUUUGUUUUGGUGUAAUGUUCAAUGAAACCUAAUCAAAUGUUUAUGAUUAUUAAUUAAGAUUCAAUUCUAGUGGUAUGAUAAACAAUGAAAUACCACCUACAAAUUUCGUUGAUAUUGAUCCUAUUAAAUAUGAGGAUUUGGACAAAGCCAAUACAUAUUUGGAAUCAGGAUUAUUAACUGUUUAAAACUUUAUAGAUAAUAUAAUUAUAAGAAGAGAAGUAGCUGCUGAUGCUAAAAUAACACCAACUUAUUCAUUCAGUAAUAUUUUAUUUAAUAAUUUUAGUUCACAGAAGAGAAGGAGUGAUUGAUGAUUUUGCUACUUUCUUAAGAGGAGGUUUUGGUAUCUAUUUAAUAUUACCUUUAAUGAUUAUCUAUUUGAGAAUGACUUAUGGUAUUAUUUAUGAAAAGGAGAAGAAACUUAGAGAAGGUAUGAAAAUGAUGGGUUUAAAUAAUACUUCAUUUUAUCUAUCUUGGAUAAUCUAAUAUUUUAUUAUUUACACUUUGAUUUCAAUAGUAGCAACCAUUUUAUUAAAGGGAAUGGUAUUCAGAAAUACUGAUGGAUUUGUACUAUUCAUAAACUAUUGGUUAUUUUGUAUGGUUCUCAUUUUCCAAUCAAUGUUUAUAAGGUAUAUAAAAAUAUUAAUUUUUUAGUGUAUUUUUCACUAGAGCCUUAUUUGGAUUGAUUGUAGCAAUUGUAUGGUAUUUGUUGAUGUACAUGGUAAUAAGUCUGAUUGGAAGUGGAUAAAAUCUAGUACCUGAAGCAACAUAUUGGGGAGCAUCAGUAUCAAGUCAUGCGGGAAUGUCUUUUGCAUUUGAUGUUAUGAUUCUAUUUGAGGCAUAAGGUAGAGGAGUAUCAAUGUCAACUAUUGGCACAAAGGUUGAAAAUUAUGCUGUCAAUAUGGCAUUGUCUAUGCAUAUUUUAAAUAUCUUCUUCUACUUAUUUAUGUCUAUCUAUUUAGAUCUUGUAUUUCCAAAUGAAUGGGGUAAGAAGUUACAUCCUUUAUUUUGUAUACCCUAUUUCAAUAAACCACAUAAAAGUGAAUAGCUUUUAAAUAGAAAGGCUUCUCAAAUUCAUUAAGAAAGAUAUGAAGAAGUUGAAUAAGCAUUGAAAGAUUAAGAAACAAGAAAGGAAGUUUUAUAAAUUUAAAAUCUCACAAAAAUAUAUCCAAGUGGUAAAUAGGCUGUAAGCAAUGUUAAUUUAACAAUGUAUAUUGGUUAGAUAUAUGCAUUGUUGGGACAUAAUGGAGCUGGUAAAACAACUACUAUUUCAAUGUUAACUGGUUUAUUAGAUAUUACUGAAGGUUCAGCAACAGUAUUUGGAUUAGAUGUUGAAACAUAAAUUGAAGAAAUUAGAUAAUUCAUGGGUGUUUGUCCUUAACAUGAUAUUUUGUUUGAUAAUUUAACAGUUAAAGAACAUUUAGAAAUGUUUGCUACUUUUAAGGGAAUGAAACCUGAAGAGAUUCCAGCAGCUGUUAGAAGAAUGAUUGAAGAUGUUGAUUUGUUAGAAAAAACUGAUUAUUUGAGUAAGAAUUUAUCAGGUGGAUAAAAGAGAAGAUUGUCAGUUGCCAUGGCAUUUAUUGGAAAUUCUAAAUUAAUUUAUUUGGAUGAACCAACAUCAGGUAUGGAUACAAGUGCAAGAAGAUAUAUUUGGGAGAUGCUUAAAAAUUAUAAGGAAGAUAGAAUUAUAGUUUUAACAACACAUUUUAUGGAUGAAGCUGAUUUUUUGGGAGAUAGAAUUGGUAUAAUGGGUGAAGGAAAAUUAUAAUGUUCAGGAAGUAGUGUAUUUUUAAAGAAUCAAUUUGGAAAUGGAUACAAUUUAACAAUUGUAAAAGAAAGUACAUUGGCAGAUUCAGAACCAAUUAUUGAAGCAAUUUAAAAGGUUUGUCCUGAAUCAAUAUUGAUUUCUAAAGUAUCAGCAGAAAUCUUGUUGUAGUUACCUUUAUAAGCAAUUUAGAAAUUCCCUUCACUGUUUGCAGAAUUAGAUAAAAAUCUAAAAUCAUUACAUAUUUAAAGUUAUGGAAUUAGUAUAACAACUUUAGAAGAAGUGUUUUUAAAAGUAGCAUAAAUUGGAGCUGGUCAUCAUCAAGUAAAUGAAUAUAUGGAAAAGGAAGGUUAGAAUUAAGCUGCUAUGUAAAUAGAUGAUUUUGAUAUCAAUUAAAUCAGAAUAAUAAGUUCUGUUUAAUUGUUUUUCAAUCACACUCUAUCAUUAAUUAUAAAGAGAUCUCGUUAUUUCAAGAGAGAUAUUAGAAGUUUAUGUUGUGAGAUCUUAUUACCUUGUUUGGUUGUGUUAUUAGGUUUAAUUUUGAUGACAAUUGAAUUUAUUACUGAACCAGAAAUUGUUCUAUUAACACCACCUUCAGAAUGUUAUUCAACAGACAUAAAUUAUUUAUGGGGAGGUAUUAAUGAUUAAAGUUUAUUCAAACACAUAUAGAUGAAUGUAUAUGAUGAAAAAUAAUAAGUAUUUGGAGAUGCAUCUUUAACUAAUUUAGGAAAAAUUGAUUAGAAUUAUUUUGAUACAUCAGAUUUAAGAACAGAUAUAGGAUGGUAUUAUUUAACAUCAAAUACUAAUAACGAUUUCUAAUAUUAUAUGUUUGUUAAUUCAAUUUUCAGAGAAGGUCCAGUUGUAAUGGUUAAUUAAAUGAAUUAAGCAAUUCUAAAAAAAUUAAAAGGAGAUAAUUAUGAAAUUAAAGUUACUAAUAGUCCUAUGAGAAGAACAUUUGAAGAGUUAUAGGGUUAAAAUACAGUAACUGGAUUUUUGGCAGCAUUAGUAUUUUCAAUGGGAAUGGCAUUUAUUCCAGCAUCAAUUAUAUCAUAUAUUGUAAAAGAAAGAGAAAUUAAUUUGAAACAUUAAUAAUUGGUUUCUGGUGUUUCUGUUAAAGCAUAUUGGUUUAGUAAUUGGUUAAUGGAUGUUGGAAAACAUAUAAUACCUUCAGUUGUUUGUUGUUUAUUAAUAUUAGCAUUUGAUAUUACAGCAAUGAUUGAAGAAGAAAAUUAUGGAUUCUCUUGGCUUAUCUUUUUCUUAUAUGGUUGGUCAAUGAUACCAUUUUGCUAUUUAUUUAGUUUUCUUUUCAGACAAUAAGGUAAUGCUAUGCUUUUAAGUUUCUUUUUACAUCUAGUUGUUGGAUCUAUUAUUAGUUUAGUUGUCUAUAUUCUAAGAUUAAUUAAAUCAACAAGAGAUAUAGCCAAAAUAUUAUAAUGGAUCUUUAGAUUUAUCCCAUCCUUUUCAUUUGCUUAUGGAAUAGUCAAUUCAUGUUCAAAAGCUACUUAUAAAGUUCUUGAAGGUUGGACUGAAACAAAAAGUACAUAUGAUAUUGAAGUUGCAGGAGCAGAUUUGAUAUUUUUGGCAUUUACUGGUGUCUUAUACAUUAUCUUAGUGUUUAUAAUUGAAUAUUUUGAAGAUAAUGGUUAAUUAUAGAAGUUAGGAUCAAGUGAAUAAUCUAUUCCAUAUAUUCCUAAACCUAUUGAUGAUGAUGUUGCAAAAGAAAAUUAAUUAUGUGAAACAUAUUAGCCAAAUGAAAAAGCUAUUCUAGUUAAGAAAUUAAGAAAAGUGUUUAUGUUAGGAGCAGGUAAACAUAAAGUUGCUGUUGAUUAAGUUUCUUUUGCUAUUGAUUAAGGAGAAGUCUUUGGUUUAUUAGGAGUUAAUGGAGCUGGUAAAACUACAACUUUCAAAAUAUUAUCAGGUGAAUUAAAACCAACAUUUGGAGAAGCUUAUAUUGCUGGAAAAAGUGUUAUAGAUGAUUUAGAAGCAGCAAGAGUUAAUAUUGGUUAUUGUCCAUAAUUUGAUGCCUUAUUAGACAAUCUAACUGUUAGAGAACAUAUUGAAUUAUUCUCUGAUAUAAAGGGUAUUCCAUAUUUCAAAAAGGAAGAUUUAGUUGAAAAGAAACUUAGUGAAAUGGAUUUAAAGAGAUUUGAAAAUAUAUAAGCUGGAUAACUUUCUGGAGGAAAUAAAAGAAAAUUAUCUGUUGCUAUUGCUAUGAUUGGAAAUCCACCAAUUGUCUUUUUAGAUGAACCAUCCACUGGUAUGGAUCCAGAAGCAAGAAGAUUUAUGUGGAAUGUCAUAUCAAGAAUUGCUACUCAAAGAAAAUAAAGUACUAUCAUUCUUACUACUCAUUCAAUGGAAGAAGCUGAAGCUUUAUCAACUAAAAUUGCUAUUCAAGUUAAUGGAAAUCUUAGAUGUUUAGGAUCAGUUCAACAUAUUAAAAAUAAAUUUGGAAAAGGAUAUGAAAUUGAAGUUAAAUUAGAAAAACCAAUAACUAAUGAAAUUAAUGGAUUAAUUGCAUAAAUGUAAUUACAUGUGGGUUCUAGACUGGAUUAAUAAAAAACAGUUGAAGUUUUAAGAUAAAUAGGAUAAGCACCUUUAGAAUAAGAAAUUAAUAUGAGAGGUUCUGGAUCUCAUAUUUAUAAUGAUUUAAGAAAACCAAAUGGUUUAGCAAUUGAAACAUUAGCAGAAUUUAUUAUUGUUGAAGGUAUGGGUAGAGUUCUCAUGGAUUUCAUUAUGAAAUCUUAUGGAUAAUUUGAAAUUAUUGAACACUUUUAGACAUUCUAUAGAUUCAGAUUAAUUGGACAAGUAACAGUUGGUGGAUUAUUUGAUGGCUUUGAAAAAAAUGUAAUUAUUAUUUUAUAUAUUAAUAGAAAAAAGUUUUAAGAAUAUCUCAAUAUUCAAUAAAGUAAGCCUCAAUAGAAUAAAUCUUCAAUAACUUUGCUUUAUAAGAUCACUUAGAAAACUAAUAAUAAUAAAAUCCAUAAGCCAUUCAUAUUUAAAUUCCUCCUAAUUAAUAGGAGAUGUAGAUCCUAUAAAAAUGAUUAAUUUAAAUUUAUUCAUAUUGUUAUAAUUUAUAUUAAAU